AUGGUUACGUCAUUGUUCAUCGCAAUAUUCAUCACAAUGUUCAUCAUUUCCCUAACCGUUUCUGUUCAAUCUUCUCCUUCCUCACAACCGCCUCCUGUUUCCGUUAACCAUAACAACUUUGACAAUGACAUCAAUCUCUCAGGUGACGCUCACGCCGUCAAAGACCGCGUGAGUCUCACGCGCUCCUCACAAUUCAGCUCCGGCCUCCUCCUCCGAAACACCUCAAUCACAUUCUCUUCUGCCACCGCCAACACAACCGGCACCUCCCUCUCCGUCGAAUUCUCAUUUUCAAUCUCCCCCGCCGCCACCUCCGACGAUGGCGGUAGCGGUUUCGUCCUUAUCCUCUUCCCUGGCGACUUCGAGAACGUAUUCUCGGCUAACUACUCAUUCGGCAUCUCAAAAGAAUACAGCAAAAACUAUGUCGCCGUCGAAUUCGACACCUCGCAAGACGAUGAGUUCAACGAUCCAGAUGCGAAUCACGUCGGAAUAGACGUCGGAAGCCUCAUCUCCGUCGCAAUCGCGAAUGUCUCCGACUCAGACAUUGUCCUCAACAACGGCGAGAAGCUGAAAGCUUGGGUUGAUUACGUGGCAAGUUCGAAGAAUCUCGAGGUUCGGUUAUGCAAGUCCAGUGAAAACCGCCCUAACGAUCCGAUCGUUUCGCAAAAAAUCGAUUUGGCUAAACUCUGGGGAAACGAGCCAGUGUUCGUUGGUUUGAGUGCCUCGAACGACGCGGAUUCCGUUCAGGUUGUUAGUGUGUACACGUGGAAGGUGGUGAGUUCUGGAGACGUGGCAGAACGUGAGGGUGCACGAAACGUGUCGGCUGACGAAGAGAAGGGUAGUUUUGGAACUUUGUCGAUUCUUGCUGAGGUUAUAUUCGGUACUGUGUGUGUUGCGUUGGUUGCUUUUGUGGUACUGUUUCUGUGGGCCAUAUUCUUUCAGAAGCACGAGGAAGAACAGUCUUUUGCGCUUGGGAAGAGAGAGAACCUUGAGUAUGAGAGGAUUGAUGUUGCUGUGGAUAAGCAAAGUCCUGAAGAGAUUGAGAGAUUGAAUUCGUAGAUGACGAUACUGAUGAUGUGAUUAUGGAAUUGUUGUUGUAUAUGUUUUAUUGUAUCUAUUUUUAAUUGGGAAAAUGUAAUUUUU